AUGCCAAGAUACAUCUCACAACCGGCCGAGUGUGUCCUUCCUGAUGAUGACAAAAGCCCGAUGGUCGUAUUGCCUGAUCAAACUACGACAAUGUCUUACCUGGAGUGCUUUGCCGAGCAUGCUCAAGUAACUUAUCGAUAUGUGCCACGGCAACAGUGGCAGUCUCUGGUCACCCGCCUGUACUCAGACGACGAAAGUCUUCUCAACGACGACGUGAACAUGUCAUUGCUAUUGCUUGUCGUUGGGCUCGGAUGUAUAUGGUAUCCUUCGUGGAAGAACAAAGAAUUCUCUUCCUAUAGAACUAAAGCCACCAGACUGUACAGAGCAGCGAAGUCACGCUUGACAAAAGUAGCUGCAACGUUCCCACCAACGGUAGCCGCUGUGCAGGCAUUCACCCUAGAAUGCCAGCUGCUCCUCACGAUGAACCACUUCAACACAGCUUGGCUCUCAUUAGGCAUGGCUAUAAGAAUGGGUCAAAUCAUUGGCUUCCAGAAACAGCAUCCUCAACCUGCUCAAGCUGAUUCCUUCGAGGAGACGAUACGGGCAUCGUUGGUGAAGAUCAUUGGCCUUGUCAUGAGAAAGCUAUAUCCAGCAACAUCCCAAGAAACAACAUGGCUCGAAGACCACGUUCAUGAAUUUGAGGCGAGCCUUCAACGUUGGCUUAAAGAAACGCCAACUUUCUUCCACCCUGGCGACAAUAGGACCAAGACCUCCUCAGAUGACAACACUCUCUUCGAGGUUCCCUGGAGCUUUAAACGACAACAGCGGACUGUCCGAAUGACAUAUCACUUCGCUACCAUGCUCAUGUAUCGUGGAAGCCUCCUCAGCGAGUUCCUCCGCACUGAAGCAAACAUGUCUCGCGAGACGCCUCCCCCUACCGCUGUUCAGAAAUGUGUCCAAGCCGCAGUGCACAUGGCCUCGUUUGCAGCAGACAUCGCUGAAGAUACCACGUACAACACGGUCUUCUGGACGACUUCAUACUUCACGUUCUGUGCGAUUUCCAUAUUACUUGUGUAUCUGGCACUAUAUCGGGAUGUCGAUGAUCGAGCGCAGUUGGAGGUCCUACUGGAGAAAGCUAUGCGAGGUCAUAGAAAGCUUGACCAAAGCGUAAAUUUAGAGACACAAAGGCUGCUGGAAGAAUCGAGGAACCUUGCCAGCCAUGCGAGGCCUCUCAGCAACGAAGGAGCGGACCACUCUACGAAUGAACGAUUAGCUCACCAGAGCGAGAUCACAUCAAUCUCACGCAGUGAGCCGUCCGCCAUUGAAGCACAAGAUGGACCGCCCCUUCGUGACGCCGACUUUACCCACGAUCUGGUGAGAUCUCUCACCGAAGCCAGCAAACCACCAGUCACACUGACCCUCUUGCAGUUCGACCUCGACACGUCUCGCAACAACAAUGACUUGGGAAUGAUUCUGAACGUCGGCUUCGACUGCUCGCUGCCAGACCUCUUCGAUCUCGACGCUUCUCGACAUUUCCCGGGCUGA